AUGCCCGCGGCGGAGUCCUCGACGCUCAUCGGCUUUCUUCAGCAGCUGCGUGGGACGCAAGUUGAGAUUGAGAUGAUGAACUCGACCAUUGUCACCGGGGAAAUAACAUUCGUGGAAGCCAACAUGAAUACAUACAUGCGUCAUGUGAAGAUAACGGCAAAGGGGAAAAAUCCCGAAAUGGCUGAGACGUAUAUGGUUUGUGGCAGUAAAAUCCGUUACGUAAUUCUUCCAGAGGCAAUGAAUACGGACGAUGUGCUUGUGAAAGCUGCGGCCGCGAAGGCGAGACCGGGAAGCAAAAGGACGGAGCGAUCAAAUGAGUGA